GUGGGGGAUGCUUCUGGGGGUGCUGUCGACAGCGUUGCGGGCCGGGUCGUGGGAGCUUCAUGGCGCGAGCGCGGGCGGUGCGGGCCGCUGCAGGUGACGGAGGUGCAGCGAGCGGCGCUGCGGCCCUGUGGAGUUCCAAAAGAUGAGUCGUGGCUAUUCAGAAAACAACAAUUUCCUGAACAAUAACAACCAAAUGGUGUUGGACAUGAUCCUUUAUCCAUUAAUCGGAAUCCAGCAGACCAUCAACUGGGAAACUGUGGCAAGGCUUGUUCCUGGAUUAACACCCAAAGAGUGUGCAAAAAGGUUUGAUGAACUGAAGAGCAGUGGAAGCUCACCUGUUGACAACCAGUUUAGUCCUCUAAUGGCUGCUGGAGAGAGUCCUGUUGAAACUUUAGCCACGUAUAUCAAGUCCUCACUCCUUGACACACAGGGAGAAUUUCAGGAGACUCUGGUUGGUCAGGAUGCAGUUUCCAAAACAGGAAGACAUAGUAUAGCUUCCACAAGGAAUUGUUCUUCAGAAAGUGAAAAUUGUACUACUCGUAAUGGUGGAGAAAAGACUGAAGAAUCUGAAGGGCCAAACAUGGUGAUCCAUGUAUGUGAUGAAGCAAAAAACCUGAAAGAAGAUUUUAUUUGCCCACGAGAUCUUUUGAUAUCAGAAAUGAAGUACUUUGCUGAAUAUUUAUCUAUGGAUGCCCAGCGCUGUGAAGAGAUGGACAUUUCAGUUCAUUGUGACGUUCACAUUUUCACCUGGUUGAUAAAAUAUGUUAAAAGGAACGCUAAGGAGAAUAAAGAUUGUGAGAUGCCUACUUUAGAGCCAGGAAAUGUCAUUUCAAUUCUUAUUUCUUCAGAGUUUUUGAAAAUGGAUUCAUUGGUUGAACUGUGUAUUCAGUAUUGCCACAAAAACAUGAAUGCCAUAGUAGCUACCCCAUGCAACAUGAAUUGUAUUAACGCAAAUCUUCUUACACGUAUAACUGAUCUGUUCACACACAAUGAAGUUGAUGAUUUAAAGGACAAGAAAGAUAAGUUUAGGAGUAAACUUUUUUGUAAGAAGAUUGAGAGACUGUUUGAUCCUGAGUACUUGAAUCCAGAUUCUCGGAAUAAUGCAGCAACAUUAUACAGAUGCUAUUUGUGUAAAAAACUUUUGACAAAAGAAACAGAAAGAAGAAUUCCUUGCAUUCCUGGAAAAAUCAAUGUAGAUCGACAUGGAAAUAUUAUCUACAUUCACAUAAGAGAUAAGACUUGGGAUGUUCAUGAGUAUUUGAAUAGUCUUUUUGAAGAAUUAAAAUCUUGGAGAGAUGUGUAUUGGCGUUUGUGGGGAACAAUCAACUGGCUAACUUGCUCAAGAUGUUACCAGGCUUUUCUCUGUAUAGAAUUUUCACAUUGUCAGUAUCACUCAGAAACAGUAGUUUAUCCUACAGCAAGUUCACUGAAUUCUGUCAGCACUGGAAUUUAUCCCUGCUGUAACCAAAAGGUUCUUCGGUUUGAUCCCACUCAGCUUACGAAGGGUUGUAAAGUGAGGGAUCACGUGGUUACUCUUCGUGAUCAAGAGGAAGGUGGAGAUUUGCUGUCCUGUCCAACUACUAGAAUAUUGGAUGAUCUGCACAAGCACAGAGAUGUCAUCGUUGUGCCUUUUUCUAAAGAUACAGUUAGUGAUUCUGGAGGUGGUCCCUGGGAUGAAAAGGGUCUAGAUUGUGAUGUUUUACUGGAGCCAAAUACACCGUGGGGCCCCAAAAGUGGGGAGCUCAAUGCUUUCUUGUCACUGAAAAACUGGACUCUGCAACUGAAACAACAGUCAUUAUUUUCAGAAGAAGAAGAAUAUACCACCGGAUCUGAGGUCACGGAAGAUGAAGUUGGAGAUGAAGAGGAAGUAUCCAAAAAACAAAGAAAGAAGGAGAAGCCAAAGAAGCUCACUAAACAACCAAAAAAGCAGAUGUCUUCACCCUGUGGUCAAAAGAAAGAAAAAGGACUGGAGAAGUCAACUUCUAGAGAUGUGUCUCCUUUCAUCGUAAGUAUGCAGAAGAAUAAGUGGGAUACCACAAGAUCUUUGAGAUUCAACCAGGAUGCACAAAGAGAAGAUGAUCAGCGGCGGAUGUCUGAAAUUACAGGGCACCUAAUAAAGAUGAGAUUGGGUGAUCUGGACCGAGUCAAGUCAAAGGAAGCAAAAGAAUUUGCAGGAGGUAUUUAUUCCAGACUCGAAGCGCAAAUCAAGUCCUCAGUGCCAGUCAGCGCACGGCAGAGCAGCUCAGAGAAGAACACAAGGUCUAAAAGCCGUCUUGGUCCAGGGCGUCCUGCAUAAAGCCUCUUAACAUACAACUAAAAAGACAGAAGACACACAUCUGGACAUCUGAAAUUGCUCACUUCUUGAAGUUCUUCACAAUGAUGACUUCUAAAUGUUUUAAGUUAUUUAUUAAUUAUUCUUGCAAACUACAUAAAUCAUAAUGCUAAGGGAAAUGUAUACUUAGGUGUUAUGAAAUCUAAAUUGUAAAUAUGAAACUUCUUAAAUCUAAUUUUCCUUUAUUGUGAUGCUAGGCUAUGUAAAAAAAAUUUCUAUUUACAAAUUUGCAUGGUUAAAACUCCUAGUGUUUGUUAUCCCUUAUUUAUUUGAAAGAGAAAAGGCCUCAACUCUCAAGUAGCUAAGACUUUUUAGGACCUUAAAAAAUUAGGGGAACACAGCUGGUAGUGGUGCUGCGCAUGAGCACUAAUUUUAGUAUGUCUUUUGGGCUGUAAAUCUUGGGAUGGCAUUGAGAACUGCAAUUUGCGUGAUGAAAUUCCUAGUGAUACUAAUUUUAAGUUUGCAUGAAUGUUAAGGAGUGACAGAUCUAAAGACUGCAUUAAAUAAAGUUUCAAGGUGAGGUAUUUCCUGUGUUGGGCAGAAGGCUUAAUUUUUUUUAGCAUUAUUCCAUGGAAAGCACAAUGUUAAGCCAACUUUUUUUUUCUUUCAGUUUUUAAUGCUUAUCUAUUGGUUGGGAAUUACUGAUUAUUACCUCUUUCUUCCGUGAUGCUUGUGCCAUUCUGAAUUUUUUAAAAUAACCAUUGAUAGUUUUAGGAUAGUAAAUCAUUUCAGUUGUAUGAGACAACCACUGUACAGUUCUCAGGGCUCUAAAACCCAACCAUAUUUCUAUA